AGUUGCGUGUUUGUGUAGAACGGUUGUGGAAAGAAGCAAAAUCGAAUGUGUGUCCGUUCUGUGUUCUGAAAGGGUCGAAAUCUGCAUAUCAAACUCUCUGUGGUGGAGUUGUUGCCAGACGCGCAUUGGAUUACUGUAUCUCUUUUCGGACUCUACUUCUGAUAUAAAGAUCUUUCCAUCAUCGUUAGCGGUAAAAAAAAACGGAUGUCCAUCCCCAAGGACCCCGGAUACAACACUCCACCGAAAGUUCUAGAGCAAACCGGGCCGAAAAAACUUUCCCAAACACUAUGAUUGCACCGGUCGUGGAAGCGAAACGAGCAACAGCGACAGCAACGACGUCCAAAGAAUCAUUGCAAUUUGUCGUUGUUCGAUUUGCAUAGUUGUAGCACAAAGUUUCCCAAAGGAAUUCUGUGCAGUUCUCGCGUAUACAGGGGGAGAAUCGGUGGUGGCAUCAUCAUCAUCGCAUCGAAUCAGUAGAAAGCACACACUGCUCGAGCCCAGAACCGAAGAUAGACUACGCGCGCUGCAUGACGAGAAGGACAUUCUGUUCCGUGUUCGGCCGACACAACAGCACCAAAGUGUAGCAAAACACAUUCCCACAGCCCACAGCAAAGAACCAGCCACACACACAACACCGCACCACGGAAGAUAGCGAAUGUUGUUACUCGCGCAAAGUUUAGCGUUUGAAGCAGGGUUGGCUAAUGAAAAAAGUUACCAACCACGAUUACUACUACCACUGCCUGCAGCAGCAGCAGCAGCACGCCUGACAGUGAUAUAGCUGGAGUGGAGUCGGGACACAAUUUAGGACAGAGCGGACAUACACACAAAAACGAUACACACUACUGUUGGUAGUACCAUGUGAAGCGGCUAAUAGUUUUGCGAGACGUUACGAGAACUAGUCUCGUUUCAGCGUCCCCAUACCUGGUUAGCCAAAGUACUUGUGGGUCUUGAAGCAAUUAGAAUCCAUUCAUUAGCUCGCAGCGCGAGGAGUAACGAAAAAGAAAAGCGCAAAGUCCACUUUCAACUGACCUCCAGCACCCAGAUACACACGACGACGUGCCGGUUGAUUAUCUCCCCAAAUGAGGAUUCCUUCAACGAGCAUCACACGUCGUUCACGGUUGCUGUCAUCGUCAUUUUCGGUUAGUUCGCUACCAUCGCCACCAUCCUCAUCCUGUCCGGCAGCAUUAUUUGCACCGAUACCGGGCUAUCCGUGGGCUCGAUCCGAUAGCCGGACGUGAAAGCAAGCAGUAGUAGCAGCCACAACAUCAGCAGCAACACCACCAACCAGCAUCGAUAGCUGAUAGAGCAAGGCGGAGCACCAAAUAGCUUUUUAUUCCGUGAAUAUAUAGCAACAACAAAAAAAAAGAGCCGGUACGCGUGUGCGGUGUGAAGAUUUAUUUCCCCCCACCGGUCACAGAAGCAGCAGCAACACACAUUCCUCCCCCAGCAGAAGUGCCGGGCGCGUUUUGCUUAGUAUCGUUUCAUCUCUUUUGCCGUCUCCCGUUCCUGUUGGUGCUCAACGAUGGGCAAUAAAUGUUGCAGCAAGCGACAGGAUCAGGAACUAGCGCUUACCUAUCCCGGCGGCUACAAGAAGGGUGACAGCAGCUUCAACUCAAACCUCUCCGGACCGAAGCACAAUAAUGGUGGUUCGAUCGAUUCCCGGUACACACCCGAUCCGAACCGGGGCCAGCUUAUAAAACACCCGAAAGGUGGUGUAGACAUCAUUCGACCACGGACAACACCACUUCUGCCCGGUCAUAACACGAGAAGGAUAGUGGUCGCGCUGUACAACUACAAUGCCCGCGAGGAAACGGAUGUCAGUUUCGUUAAAGGGGACCGCAUGGAGGUCCUGGACGAUACGGAAUCAGACUGGUGGCGUGUAGUACAUCUAAAGACCCGCCAGGAGGGGCUAAUUCCAUGGAAUUUUGUCGCUGAAGAUCGCAGCGUCAACAGUGAAGACUGGUUCUUUGAGAAUGUGUCACGAAAAGAGGCGGACAAAUUGCUGCUGGCUAAUGAGAAUCCCCGCGGCACCUUCCUGGUGCGACCGUCCGAACACAAUCCGAACGGUUUCUCACUCUCGGUCAAAGAUUGGGAAGAAAGCCGGGGCUAUCACGUGAAACACUACAAGAUCAAACCACUGGACAAUGGAGGCUACUAUAUUGCAACGAAUCAAACGUUCCCAUCGCUACCGGCACUGGUGAUGGCAUAUUCAAAGAAUGCCCUCGGACUGUGUCACGUACUGUCUAGUCCUUGUCCAAAACCACAGCCCCAGGUGUGGGACCUCGGGCCGGAACUGCGCGACAAGUGGGAAAUCAAUCGCAAUGAGAUCCAGCUCAUUCGCAAGCUCGGUCACGGCAAUUUCGGCGAGGUGUACUACGGCAAAUGGCGAAACAACAUCGAGGUGGCGGUAAAGACGCUACGCGAAGGUACCAUGUCCACGCAAGCCUUCCUGCAGGAAGCGGCCAUCAUGAAAAAGUUCCGCCACAGCCGGCUGGUAGCGCUGUACGCCGUUUGCUCCAAAGAGGAACCGAUCUACAUCGUGCAGGAGUACAUGUCCAAGGGUAGCUUGCUCGACUUUCUGCGCACCGGCGAUGGUCAGUUCCUGCAGUUUGAGGAUCUGAUCUACAUUGCCGCCCAGGUAGCGUCCGGCAUGGAGUAUCUCGAGCUGAAGCAACUGAUCCAUCGGGAUCUUGCCGCACGGAAUGUGCUGAUCGGUGAGAACAACGUGGCAAAGAUCUGUGAUUUCGGGCUGGCACGCGUGAUAGCGGACGAUGAGUACUGCCCGAAGCAGGGUUCCCGUUUCCCGGUCAAAUGGACCGCACCGGAAGCGAUCGUGUACGGCAAGUUCUCGAUCAAAUCGGAUGUUUGGUCGUACGGUAUACUGCUGAUGGAGCUGUUCACCUACGGUCAGGUGCCGUACCCGGGCAUGCACAGUCGCGAGGUGAUCGAGCAGAUCGAGCGCGGCUACCGGAUGCCGAAACCGACGGCGCACCAUCUGCCGGACGACAUUUACAGCUUAAUGUUGAAGUGCUGGGACGCGAUACCGGACAAGCGGCCAACGUUCGAGUUUUUGAACCACUAUUUCCAGAACUUUACCAUCACCUCGGAGGUGCCGUACCGAGAGGUACAAGAUUAAAGUGGGCAGCAGCGUGAGAGACGAGUCGCUUUAGGUUAAGAAUCAUAUGGACGCGCGUUAUGUGCACAUCCGCGGCAUCAGAAACAUACAUACGUACCGUUUUCCUGUGUUCUUCUUUCGCCAGCACGCACGCACUAGUUUCACGAUCGAGCUUUUAUGUUUUGUUUUCGCCUUGCUCCCUCCACCAUCUCUCCAGUUCGCUUCUAGUUCCUGAUCGAAGGUAGAUAGAGGUGUGUGUGUGUACAGGAGGAAGAGGAUAUGCAGCUGUUGCAAAUUGCUACAACAGCAGAAUGUUACCGAAGCAAAAGGGUGCGCACAAUUUCAUCUAAUUAGUUAGAUGCUGCAAUAUUAUGUUUUUUUUUUAGAUCCUAUUUGCUCAUUUCCACUAGCGAUAACGAUUGAGGCAAACACACACCACACACACACACACUCCCAAUAGCAUAAUUAGUAGCUGCAAUAUCGUUCAGCUCCAGUUGCCAAUACAUUGAAAUGCUGUCUACACUAAAGGGAAACAUCCCCCUCAGUGGUGUGGAUGGCCGCUGAUGAUGAUGAUGUGCUUGUGUGUGACCGCACAAACCACCACGUCUCUAUUAUUCACAACUGUGUGCGCGCAUUUAUCGAUGUGGGAAAUUACAAGUACUCUUAGGUAUGACAAAUAUUUUAGUAACAUAUUCAACCGGGGGGGAGGUGUUUUUAGAGCACCAGAGACGACCGCUGCUGUGUGGCACACGAACACAAUCAAUCGUAACAGCGCCCGCAUGACAAUGAACCGAUCCCUUGUAGCUUCUAGUGCGAAAGGCAGGAAAUGAGAUGGCACGUGAAAUUUAUCUUUCCGCGCGAAAUAUUGAAAAAGUAAAAAGAAAAUAAAUAAGGAACGUUAAGAAAGCUCUAGCGCGCGUGCGUCGCGCAGAAAGAAGAAUCCAGGAGUACAGUGAGGUACAGGCUUUUCCUGAACGUUAUUAGUUUUUAAAAUGAUCGUAUUGCUUAAGAAGGUAAACAAAAAAGAACAGUAGUAGUAAUGAAAACAGAAUAUUCGGGAACUUUUUCUCCACACGCUAAUCGAUGACGAGAGAUAAAGGGGGAAAUGGUGAAGGAGCAUGGUAAAAGACGAUGAAAAUUUGCAGAUAGAUAUGAGACGAAUUGAUCCGAAGAUCGAUUAGCAGUUAACUAGAGCCAAGGAUCGACGAUAGGUAUCGCUUUUGUGAAUGGGAAGAUCCAUAAAUACACACGUGUCGGAACUCUCGCUUUCUCCCACCCGCUCUCUGUAGUCCAUCUUUCCCGCCCUUUCUCGUCCAACCCACAACGUAUGUGUGUGUGUGUGACGUCACGGAACUUUCGUGAGAUAAGAGUGACAAAAGAAGCGCAGACACAGAGAGAAGCGGGAGAAAAGAGAAAAAUGAAAGAAAAAAAAAACCAAAGUUCAAAAUGUUAUUCUUCUAAUUCUAAACUUGUGUAAACGUAGGUUUUGAGAUUUAUUUUAUAAACGGAAGAAAAGUCCAAGGAAGUAAUAUGCGCGUAUUACAAGCAUCCGCACAUCGGCCGUAUGCGUUGGGCUAGUUAUGAUUGUGCAGUGUAGGAGCGCUAUUUAUGUAAUUAAUAUGGAUAGGUUUUUGCUUGUUUUGUUCUGUCUCUUCUACACAGCUUUCGUUUCCUUUCAGCUGCGCGCACUGCACAUUUUCAUACUAUGUGUGGUCAACUCGAUUACUCUUGAAUAUGUAGGACUAGACAGCGUUCAAAGAAAACGAACUAAAUCAUUCUCACAACAUAAUGAAAACGCCAAACAAGUGAAUGGAUUAAACAUAAAAGGUUUACAACAACUGGAUAAUCAUCCGCUAGGGGAACAUUUCUUAAGGAACUGGUUUUUCUUUUGUGUGUGUGCUGUAGUUCCUAUUUGUCGGCAUCGGCACCGUUUUUGAGCGGUUGUUUCAUUUAUUUAGAAUUGAACUGCACAAAGAAAGACAUUUUUACGCUACGUUUUUUUCUCUCUCCUGUAAGUAAACUGUAACUAAUCGAAGGCAAAUCUCUAGUCCUUUACUGUGCGUGAUAUGAAGCCACUGGGGUUGGGGGUUGUUGUCCUCCCUACCAAAAAAAGCUCUGCCAAUGGUGGCUUGUAUUUGCUCCAUUUUGCUCCUUUUUAUUAUUUUAGCUAUACACACAUACUUUUAUGGGUUGACAAAACGCAGAUUGAGCCUUUUCGGUGCGGGAACAUGGGAGGAAUUCAAACGGCUCCCCAUUAUGAAAUAGUGGCGCCACAAUCCUUUGAGAAUCAUAAGUGUCUUCAAACUGCCAUAGAGAGGGAAAAAGGUACACACACGCGCACUCUGGUGAACUCUGCUACUAAUUUACAAUUCCUCCAAACUUCUUCUUCCUGUUACUUCAGUCGGUUGUUUUUUGAUACGUGUUUUGUAAGUCUGUUUUGUAGUGUUGUGCGAAUUAGCGAAGUACGGAAAAAGCGCAAAGUCGAAACUUAUAUACAUGAAAAAAAAACAAAAAACAAA